AUGGAGUGCAGGCUGCUCUCCCUCCUUCUUAACGAAGCUGAAGCAAUCAUACCUCCACUUAUAGCCAAGUAUGACACCACAUUGGGUACUUAUAAUGUCGGCCUGGUCCCUAUAUGCACUGAUUCCUGCAUUGGUGUUGCCAUCAGGGUCCAUUUCCAGUAUGUCAUCAUUGCCUGGACUGGCAAGUUGUAUCAGUUGAGAGCUGCCCUUCGCUUCAAGAAGGAUGUGGUGGGUGUUAAUUUCUUCCUCUUUGGCUGCUUCAAGCUUCGCAUAGAAAUCGUGAAGAGUUGGCAGGUUUUUAAGAGCAUUUGA